CACAACUGUACUUUAUCAUCUGAAUCUGCAGGCUGAGCGAAGCGCAGGAGAAGCAAAAUCAUGGACGAAGACAGAGCACGCGCCGCCGCCAGAGCUUUGCCACUACUAAACUCUCAGCACAUCUCUCGACGCGCCACCGCCUUCAACCGACUCUUCGCGGCGGUUUACGGCGGCGGCAUUUUGGCUCUGUUUUAUUACCACUUAGCUUCACUUCUCAAACCCGCCUCUACGGCUGCCUUUUUAGUCUCUCUCUCUCUCUUCAUCUCCGACGUCGUUUUGGCCUUCUUGUGGGCCACCACUCAAGCCAACCGGAUGAACCCGCUCCGCCGCCGGGAGUUUCCCGGAAAUCUCAACCGGUUCCUCCAGAUUACGGAUUCCGAUCUCCCGGCGGUGGAUGUGUUCAUCUGCACGGCGGAUCCGUACAAGGAGCCGCCGAUGAGCGUCGUCAACACGGCGUUGUCGGUCAUGGCCUACGACUACCCCGCCGGGAAGCUCUCCGUCUACGUGUCCGACGACGGCGGCUCCGCCGUGACGCUGUUCGCUUUCGUGGAGGCGGCCAGGUUCGCCGGAGAGUGGUUGCCGUUUUGCAGGAAAAACGACGUCGUAGAGAGGAAUCCUGAAGCCUUCUUUGCUUCGGAUCGGGAUUGGAACUCGGAGACUGAGAAAAUAAAGGUAAUGUACGAGAAAAUGAAAAUGAGAGUAGAAAAUGUUUUGGAGAAAGGAAAGGUUGGAGAUGAGUUCGUCAAUGGAGAAGAAGAGAGUAUGRCUUUUGAUAAAUGGACCAAAUCAUUUACUCGUCAACAACAUCCUACUAUCAUUCAGGUUUUAUUGGACAGUAGUAAAAACAAGGACAUUGUCGGAGAGCCGCUUCCAAAUCUCAUCUAUGUUUCCAGAGAAAAGAGCGUAACCUCUCGCCACCAUUUCAAGGCGGGUGCUCUUAAUGCUCUGCUUCGAGUAUCAGCUGUAAUGACCAAUGCACCAAUUUUUCUCACUUUGGAUUGCGACACAUAUUCCAAUGACCCACAAACAUUGAAUCGAGUCUUAUGUUACUUCUUGGACCCACAACUUGCCAGCAAUAUCGGUUAUGUUCAAUUCCCUCAAUGCUUUCAUGGAAUUAGCAAAAACGACAUCUAUGGUAGCGAGUAUUUGCGGUUGUUUAUAUUCAAUCCAAUUGGAAUGGAUGGGCUGUUCGGGCCAGGUUAUCUUGGCACGGGCUGUUUUUUCGUCCGACGGGCAUUCCACGGAGGCCCAUCGUCACUCGAGUUACCUGAACUCCCCGAACUCAACCCAAACAAUGUCGUGGAAAGGCCCAUUCGAUCUCGAGAAGUCUUGGAUUUGGCACAUUUGGUUGCGGGUUGUGACUACGAGAAUAACACCAAAUGGGGUUCCAAGUUGGGUUUUAGAUAUGGGUCUCUAGUGGAGGACUAUUUCACAGCAUAUGUUUUGAAAUCCGAGGGGUGGAAGAGCGUAUUCUGCAAUCCAAACAAGCCGGCUUUCUACGGCGACGCGCCGAUCUGCCUCCUGGACGCGGUGAACCAAGUCAAAAGAUGGGCCAUUGGGCUUCUCGAAGUCACUUUCUCAAAGUACAGCCCAAUUACAUUCGGAGUCAGGUCCAUGGGCUUUCUAAUGGGCCUCUCUUACUGCCAUAACGCGUUCUGGGCCUUCCUGUCCUUUCCGGUCACCGUUUACGCCUUCCUCCCACAGUUGGCUCUCAUCAACGGCGUCUCCAUCUUCCCAAAGGCUUCGGAUCCCUGGUUUGCAUUGUACGCGUUCCUGUUCCUGGGAGCCUACGGGCAAGACCUUCUGGAAUUCCUGCAAGAAGGAAGCACAUUCGGGAAGUGGUGGAACGACCAGAGAAUAUGGAGCAUAAGAGCGCUGUCCAGCUACUUGUUCGCAUCUAUGGAGUUCGCGUUGAAGUCCCUCGGCAUUUCUGCGCUGGGUUUCAACGUCACCAGCAAAGUAGUCGAUCCAGACCAGAGCAAGAGAUACGAGCAGGAGAUGUUCGAGUUCGGAACCUCCUCGCCGAUGCUCGUGCCGAUAGCCACGGCGGCCACCGUCAACUUGGCGGGAUUCGCCGCCGGAUUGAUCGGGAUUUUGAGAGGCGGCGGCGGCGCGUGGGGAGAAGUUCUGGUGGGGGAGAUGUUGGUGGCUGGAUUUGCGGUGGCGAAUUGCUGGCCGGUUUAUGAGGCCAUGGCGUUUAGGAGCGACGCAGGGAAAAUGCCGCCCAAAAUCACCUUCUUGGCCCUCCUCCUCUGUUUGCUUCUCUCUUCUUUUGCUGCUUUUCAUUAUUCACAAAUGAUUUAGAUAGUUAAUUGCUGGUCGCUCUUUUUCUUGUUAAAGUAUUAUUUUGCUCCAUUGUAAUUUCAAAAUGUUCUACAUUCGAAAAUAGUUGUUUUUUAUACUACACUCCGUAUAUUUCUUGAUA